AUGCCAACCCCAAAACAACUCAAGGAGAAAGAAGUCCCAUCCUGCUUCACAGAUACCCACGGCAUAAUAACAACAACAACGAAUGAUCUACCAGGCUACAAAAUCAAAAGUAUCCUGGGUACAAUCUACGGGAUAACAGUUCGAACCCGCAACUGGGGCGCCGAUUUAGGGGCUGUAGUCCGAUCAGCCGUUGGUGGGGAGAUACGCUUGUUCACGAAUUUGAUGUAUACUUCUCGGGAGGAAGCUAUGGAGCGGUUGGUAGGGGAGUGUAUGAGUCGAGGAGGAAAUGCCAUUAUCGCCGUUCGGUUUGAUGUUGCCAGUUUUGGGGCUUGUUCGCAGAUUUGUGCUUAUGGGACUGCUUGCGUUGUUGAGAAGAUUGAGGAUUAG